AUGAAUCUUGAAUCACCUUAUGGUAUAUCAAUAUCAUGUACUGAACAAUUUGCAUUGGGACCACGAAUUGAUAGUACAAGAGUAAAAUAUUUUAUAAAUAUUAUAUUAAAAAAUAUUCAAGUUAGUGCAACAGAAUUUUCAUCACAAAAAUUUGAAAUUAUUGAUGUUGAUGAUCCUGGUUUUGCUUUAACAUUAAAAAUGUAUCAACAAAAUUCUCAAUCUUCUAUAAUAAUGCCUAUUGUACGUGGUAUGACAUAUGUUACAUUUGAAUUUAAUUCAGCUACACCAAAAAUUUCAACUGUUCAUGCUAUUCUUUCUGUUAAUGGUCAAACAUCAGGAAAAAUAACUGGAAAACGUUUUGAAAUAGUUUUAAAUAAUGAUCAAACAUGGCUUUUAUAUACACUUAAUGGUGAUAUUACAUUAGAAUUUCGUGAAAAUCAAUUAUUUGGUACACAAGCAAUAACAAAUGUUCUUCGUUUAACUAAGAAACAAUCAGAUUCUUAUGCAAAUUCUUUACUUGAUUCUCAUGUAUCUGUUUAUCCAACAGGAUGUGAUCUUACAGAAAAACUUCUUCAUUAUACACUUGCACAUCAUCGACAAGUUAUAUCAACAAAUAGUGCUACAGCAACAUCAGUUCAAUCUCGAUCACCAAGUAAAGGUCCAAUGAUAGGAUAUAUUGGUAAUGUUUGGAUAAUGACAGAAAAUUCAUUAUCAACAAUGGGUUUUCUUGCACCACGUGCACCAGCACCUGAAUAUGAAGAUUAUAUUGUAGCACAAUUAAAAAAAGAUAUUACAAAUGGUGUUAAUUUAGGUGUAUCAGAUUAUUAUUUUACAGGAAAAGCAUUUCAUAAAUAUGCUUUAUUAUGUUUAUUAGCUGAUUAUUAUAAAGAAACAUUAUUAUUAGAACAAUGUAUAAAAACAUUAGAAAAUGCAUUUGAUGUUCUUAUUACUGGUAAAAAUGCAAAUGCAUUAAGAUAUGAUACAACAUGGUCUGGUCUUGUUUCAGCUGCUGGUUUAGCACCAUCACAAGAAUUAGCUGAUUUUGGCAAUUCAUAUUAUAAUGAUCAUCAUUAUCAUUGGGGAUAUUUUAUUCAAACAGGUGCAUUAAUUGCUUAUCUUGAUCCAAGUUAUAUACCUAAAAUGAAAAAUUGGGUUGAAGGAUUAAUACGUGAUGCUAAUAAUCCUUCAACAAAAGAUACGAAUUUUCCACAAUUUCGUUAUUUUGAUUGGUAUUCAGGACAUAGUUGGAGUCAAGGUUUAUUUGAAUCAGCUGAUGGAAAAGAUCAAGAAUCAACAUCUGAAGAAAUUAAUUUUCAUUAUGGUUUAGCACUAUGGGGUUUAGCUACUCAAUCAACAACACUUGAAAGUCUUGGUCGAUUAAUGUUAUCUAUUGCUAAACGUACAAUUCAAACAUAUUUUCUUAUGGAUAAUGAUAAUAAAAUAAUGCCAAAAGAAUUUAUUGCUAAUAAAGUUACAGGUAUCUUUUUUGAAAAUAAAGCUGAUUAUGCAACAUGGUUUGGAGCUAAUCCAGAAUUUAUUCAUGGCAUUCAAAUGCUUCCAUCAACACCAAUUACUGAAGAAGUACGUCUUCCGAAAUUUGUUGAAGAAGAAUGGUCAACAAUAAUCAGUAAAGUUGUUGGAGGUGCAGCAGGAGGAUGGAAAAGUAUUUUAUAUACAAAUUAUGCUAUUAUUAAUCGUGGUGAAGCAUUUAAUCAAUUACUUACUGCACCACUUGAUGAUGGUCUUACACGUACUUGGGCUCUUUAUUGGGCUGCUACACGACCAAAUACAAAUAAUGGUACAGGCACUUUACCUCCGACAACAUUAGAUCCAUCAUCAAGUACUUCAUCAACUACACCAAGUACAACUGGUGGUGAAUGUACUAUGCCUCUUGAUGGUUCAUGUACAUCAUUGACUUCACCAGGUGAUGCAGCAGCUGGUCUUGGUAUGUACUAUGAUCCAAAAUGUGUUCAAGGAGGUGUUGGUUGUGAUCAUAUCAAAGCUAAUUGUCGUCUAUGUGCAAAAGAUCCAGCAAUGAUUAACAAUCCUUUUGUUAAAUGUCCGGCAUGUGUUUAA